CUUCCACAGCAAAGCUGCUUACAUACAACCAAAUACAUAUGGAAUGAAUCUCAACGGCGACGGCGGUUAUGUAUGGAACAAUUUGAAUAAUCCUCCAACAUACUACGAGCUCGGAUCGUCGAACGGAAACCCUAAUGAGGGAUCAUCCAGUUCACAAAGCCAAGAAAACAUGCCACCUCCCAGUGAAAACGCUUACAUCCCGCCCGUCGAACCCAACGAAUCUGAAAGUUCUGAAGACAUAUACAUUGUUAAUAACAGACCUAGCGCACCGGUAGAAACUGUACCAGAGCCAAUCUCAAAUCCUGAACCUAGUAAUGAAACUCCAGAAAUAAUUAAUGAAAAUCCAAAUCCAAUUAAUGAAAAUCCAGAACCAAUAAAUGAAAAUCCAGAACUAAUUAAUGAAAAUCCGAAUCCAAUAAAUGAAAAUCCAGAACUAAUUAAUGAAAAUCCAGAACUAAUUAAUGAAAAACCAGAACCCAGCAAUAAAAAUCCAGAACUAAUUAAUCAAAAUUCAGAACAUAUCAAUGAAAAUCCAGAACUACUAAAUGAAUAUCCAGAACCAAUAAAAGUAAAUUCAGAACCAAGUAACAGUGAAGCAAAUUAUCCCGUUGAACCAAUAAUCAGUGAUGAAAACGUAAAAGCAGAAAAUGAAGAUAUUGCUACAAACACACCUCUGGUUUACGGAAACCCAGAACCUAUUCCAGUACAGCCAGAAACUGCUGAACCAAGUGUUUCACAGCAAGAACCUCAAGCUCCUGAGUACCCAAUAAGCGAAAGCCCUGUUCAGUCAAGUGAAAAUUCUGGUUAUGGAUAUGAACAGCCAGGAGGUACUAAGCUAGAAAGUUCUCCUGAAGAAAGUUCGGAAGGAAAUCCAAUUAAGGAAAUGCCAGAGGCCCCUACACUUCCACCUCUAAACUACGACGGCCUGCCCGACUACAUCAGAGAUGCCAUUUCGUCUACGGAAAAACCGGCAUCGUACGAGCAAACCGACAACCCAUACGCUAAUCCCCAACCGAACCCCGAAGACAAGCAAGUCAUGCAAGACCAGAUGGGAGGCAUAUUCGCCACCAUGCAACCCGUGGAAGAUAUACCCAAGACGUAUGGCAUGAAUCUGACAUCGAAUGGCGGGCAUGUAUGGAAUGACAUGGUUAACCCACCAGUUUCCUAUGACGUUGGAUCACCUAGCCAAUCAGAAGAGGAACAUAAAGAAGAACAGCCGCCAGCACCAGUAUCCGAACAACCAGAAAUUCACGAACCACAACCAACCGAACCAGAAAAAAAAGAACCUGUGGCUAAUCCUGAAAAGCCUAGCCAAGAACCAGAGACACACGAGAGUGGAGAAGCUAAGCCAGUUGAAGAGCCCGCAGAACCAGAGAACGAAGAAUCAGAGGAACCGAUUGCUAACCCUAGUGAGGGAAACCAUGAGCCUCCAAUUCCAGAAAAUGAAGAUAAUAAGCCAAUUGAACCGGCACCUGUAGAAACUGAACCGGCUGUGGAACCUGAAAACCCUGAGGUCCCGGAACCAGAAAACCCUGAGCCGGUACCAGAACCAGGAAAUGAAGAAUCCGCAAAUCCUGCAUCGGUACCUGAACCAGGAAAUGAAGAACCGGAGAAUCCUGAACCUGUACCUGAUCUAGGAAAUGAAAAACCAGAAAAUCCUGUAUUGGUACCAGAACCAGAAAAUCCUGAGCCGGUACCAGUACCAGGAAAUGAAGAACCCGCAAAUCCUGAAUUGGUACCAGAGCCAGGAAAUAUAGAAACGGAACUAACUAGCGAAGAGCCGGCUGAAGAAUCGAAUGAAGAAAACGAUAAAGUGGAUAUCAUGAGCGAACUGCUAAAGAGCGAACAAUUCUGGAAAUGGUUAGGAGAAUGGACCGCGACAUAUAUGGAACUUUUAGAGAAGCAUAUCAGAAAAAUAGCGAUACAAGAAAUAUGCAACCGCGAGAAAUCUGGUGAACAAAUGUGCCUUCUGGAUGACAAACCUGAAGACAACGAUGAUAAUGGAGUUAUAAUCAAAGAUGGAAAGAUCAUUGUAGACGGCAAAGAAAUAGAUUUAACGAACACAGAUAACUUAGACAAAGACCCCAAGAGAGGUCAUCAGAGCAAUAAAGGCGAUAAUGAUAAGAAAAAUAAAAAUGAAAAUAAGGUAGAAGCAUCUACAAUCUACGGUAAUUCAGUAGGAAAUGAGAAAGUUACAAAUGUAUUCAUAUUUACUGGUGACAAAGCUGAUGAGGUUAUAGAGAAUUUGAAACCAGUUAAUGAAUCCGAAGUUGACUUCAUAAUUGACGAUAGGAUAAAAGAAGAGAACGAAAACGAUAAAAAUAAGGGGAAACCCAUUGAAGUUAACACUGACCAACCAGAAUCAAAUGUAGGAAAUACUGAGAAACCUAAUGCAAGUGACGUUAAUAAGGAAGAAGGUAAUAAUGAAGAAACACACGAUGGUGAGAUCAAUAAAGAAGAACCGAACGAAGAAGCUGACAUAAACGAAUCAAAUGACGGUGAACAUAAGGAAGAAGCUAACAAUGAAGAGCUUAUCAAAGAAUCCGAAAGUGAAGAACUGAAUAAAAAUGAAUCAAACAAAGGAGGAAAUACUGCGGAACCUAAUACAAGUGAAGUUAAUAAGGAAGAAGGUAAUAAUGAAGAAACACACGAUGGUGAGAUUAAUAAGGAAGAACCGAACGAAGCUGACAUAAACGAAUCAAAUGACGGUGAACAUAAGGAAGAAGCUAACAAUGAAGAGCUUAUCAAAGAAUCCGAAAGUGAAGAACUGAACAAAAAUGAAUCAAACAAAGGAGGAACUACUGGGGAACCUAAUGCAAGUGAAGUUAAUAAGGAAGAAGGUAAUAAUGAAGAAACAUACGAUGGUGAGAUUAAUAAGGAAGAACCGAACGAAGCUGACAUUAACGAAUCAAAUGACGGUGAACAUAAGGAAGAAGUUAUCAAAGAGUCCGAAAGUGAAGAACUAAAUAAAAAUGAAUCAAACAAAGAUGCAAAUUAA